AGUCUAGUGCAUCCAGUGCAGGAGAUCGGGACAGGGCAGUGGGAUGCAGUGCAAGAGGAGCUGAUAUCUCAGUGCAGGACACCUGGGGGCAUUGUGACUGAUCUGUGGGCAUCUGGGACUGUGCAGAUUGUGUGCCCAGUGGAGGAGAUCCAGCACCAGGAGUGCACCCUGCACCGGAUAUUACUGGGACAAGUAGAUCGGAAAGAUAUCUGUGGGUUCCCUGGGAGCAGACUCCCAGACCGAGAGUUGGAGGACCGGACGAGGUGAUGAUUCCGCAGUGGUUGUGUAUUUUGGCCCUUUUAAUAAGUGUCGAAGUCAAAGCAUGGAAUCAGAUGCCACGCAAAACAGUGCGAUAUUCAGGCUUCACUGAAAAUCGCCAGUCCUGGCGCGGUGGCAUCUCCUACUACCUAACUCUUACGCUGGAUGAAAGUCGGGGUGCACUGUAUGUAGGUGCACGGGAAAUCAUAUUUUCACUGGACCUUAAUAACAUUGGCAGAGAGCUCAGGCCACCGAUCAUAUGGGAAGCCCCCAGUGAAAGGAAGCUGGAGUGUGUCAACAAAGGAAAGAGCAAUCAGACGGAAUGUUUCAAUUAUAUCCGCAUCCUUGAGAAAUAUAAUGAGACUCAUCUCCUGACCUGCGGGACCUACGCCUUCCAGCCCAAGUGUGCUUAUAUAGAACUGUCAACCUUCACUCUGGACAGCGUCAACAUAGAAGAUGGGAAAGGAAAAUGUCCAUAUGAUCCAUCUACGGGCCACACCGGGCUGGUUGUAGAUGGGAUUUUUUUCUCUGCUACGUUAUUCAACUUCCUGGGUACAGAGCCGGUGAUCCAACGAAGUAUGGGGCAGCAUAGUAGUAUCAAGACGGAAUAUCUGGCAACAUGGCUGAAUGAGGCCAAGUUCGUGGGCUCGGCUCAUAUGCCGGAAAGUGUGGAUAGCAAGAUAGGCGACGAUGACAAAAUCUAUUUCUUCUUCACCGAGCGUGCCCUGGAAUAUGACUGCUACAGCGAGCAGGUGGUGUCCCGGGUGGCCCGCGUCUGUAAGGGAGAUUUGGGAGGGGCUCGUACUUUGCAGAGGAAAUGGACCAGUUUUAUGAAGGCCCGGCUAGUGUGCUCCAUUCCAGAGCUUCAACUUCACUUUAACAUGUUACAGUCUGUGUUUACCCUGCGGACUGACAAGUGGAGGUCUACGCAGUUCUAUGCAGUCUUUCAGGCACGCUGGGGUGAUAUUACAGUCUCUGCUGUUUGCCAGUAUGCCAUCCAGGACAUUCAGAAGGUCUUUGAUGGACAUUAUAAGGAAUACCGCGAGCAAGCCCAGAAAUGGGGUCGCUACUCCGACUCGGUGCCCAGUCCACGCCCUGGAUCUUGUAUCACAAAUUUCCACCGGCAUCAUGGAAUGAACAGCUCGAUGGACCUCCCUGAUAACACGCUCAACUUUGCCAAGAAGCACCCGCUUAUGGAUGACUCUGUUCAGCCUGUGCAAGGCCGGCCUCUGUUGGUCAGGAAAGGAGUCAACUUUACUACCCUGGCAGUGCACAGGACUACAGGACUCAAUGGGGAUUUAUAUGACGUCCUCUUUAUUGGGACAGAAAAUGGGUGGCUGAACAAAGCUGUCCGUGUGGCUUCUACAGUCCAUUUAAUAGAGGAGCUUCAGAUGUUUGAUAGACCAUAUCCAGUCCACAGCUUGGUCCUGUCUUCUAGAAAGUCUCUUCUCUUUGCUGGCUCUGCUUCUGGGCUGGUACGCCUUCCCAUGGCAGACUGCAGUAAAUAUCGCUCCUGUGCCGAUUGCAUUCUAGCCCGGGAUCCUUUCUGUGCGUGGAAUCUUAGCAGCAGCCAAUGUGUGGAGUCCGAUCCACAAGAUGGGGAUGCUCUGCUUCAAGAUGUUGAAAACUAUGAUACAUCCAUGUGUGAAGUCCAGUAUAUGAAAUUAUCAAAGCCCUCAUCCAGAAAUCUCACUGUGGCCAUUGGGACAAAUGUGGUUCUCCCUUGUGAGCUGACCUCCAACCUGGCCCAACCCAUAUGGAAGUUCAAUGGUCAGGAUCUGAGACCGGAUGAUAAUGACUCUGUGCUUUAUGAUAUCACACUUCAGGCUCUGGUUAUCCUUGGAGUUAAUGUUCACCACUCUGGAACAUACAGCUGCUUCUCAGUUGAACAAGGGGCUCAGUUUGCUUCCAAGCAUUACCAGCUAAACGUAGUGGCUUCCCCCUCUCUGACCCUGGAAUCCUCUGCUCCUAUGGAUGGCCUGGGCUUGGUAUGGAUGAUGGUUAUUGCUCUUGGGGCUGUGUGCUUGGCCCUAUUUCUGGCUGUAGUCUAUCUGCGAAGGAAACUGCAAGAUGAGAUGGAGAAAGGUUCGAAGUCCCUGGAGAAUACUCUUGUGUAUCCCAUCCAGUUACCAUCACAACCCAAAAUUGCAAAGUGCCUGCCUAGUGCAGACUCAGAUGAGAAACUAUGGGAUCCUUCCUCCUACUACUAUUCUGAUGGAUCACUUAAGAUAGUCCCAGGUCAUGCACUGUGCCAGAACAGCACGGGUUCCUCCUCUCCGUCUGGCAAUGGCAUCCCUGGUCAACCACUACCUUCACCACCAUUGCACUCACCUAACCAUAUGCUGCUUUCAGGUGUCCGAGGUUCCAGCAGUAAUGGGUAUAUACGGCUAACACUAGGUGGGGGAAUAAAUGAGGAGCGCCCACCGCUUGGGGACCUAAAUGAAGAACUGAGGUGGAAACUGAAGCAGAGGCAAACUUUGCCGGACUCUAAUCCAGAGGAAUCUUCUGUCUGACAACCCGCGUUGCCACCUGCACAGUUUGCACUGUUUUAUUUUUUUCCUUCUUUUUAUUUUGAACUACCUCAGGGACUGGAGAUUUGGGGGAAGGAUGUGGCCAAAACUUAAAUCCUCUCUCCCCGAUGUCUCCACUGCAGAUGUAUGGAAGCCAGGAGAAGACCUAAGUGAAUCUCUUAUUGUCCCGGCGUACUAGCUCACAUUUCCCCAAUUUCUGUGACUUGUAGAACAUCAGUAUUGGUAAAACUUUCUUGUAAGAUUUGAUGCACUCAUGGGUGAUGUUGGAUCCGGAGUGUCUUGGAGGAACCAGUCGCCUCCUAUUACUGAAAGCAUUGGCCAGAAGAGCAAUAAUAGAAGAGUUGGCAACCUGUUUACUCCUCCUGUCGAUCACGGUGCAGGGAUCAAUCUUUAACCACUUAGUUGCCAGUCUUGCAGGUUUACUGGUGUAUGGCAAUAAAAUCACUACUGUUUUAUCUAUCAUUUUACACUAUAAAAGUUUACAGUGCUUUAUAGCCGACCUGUAUGUAACAUGACCAAUCCUUGCCAAGUGAAUAGAGGAACACCGCCAGCUGUUGUGUGACUACAAGAACCGUUAUACACGACCACCCACUACUUGUUGUUUCUUGCUGGCUCUUGUAGUUCCACAGGAGAUGGAUGGCUUAGUGAUGGCCAUGCCUGUAUCGGAGAAAGGAACGUGUGCGAAUGGCAUAUCUAAAGAAAGUAGACUCCAACAUAUCUUCAUUUGUACUAGAACUCAGAGGCAGUGAAUGGAUGCAUUUUAGGUUCCUGUACUGCCCAAGCCUUGCCUAUUUAACCCCCUCCUCCCCACCAUGGGUCACAUGCAGAAUGACCGCUUCGAUCACGUAAUAGUGAUGCAGCCCAGCCUGGUUGCUGAGUGUUCGUGUAAAUGACUUUGUUUUUAGAGGCAUGAAAAUGAAUGUGAGGAUGUAUUAAUAGUUCUACGCCCUUUGUUUUACUAAAUCGUUCUUCUGGAAGCUGGGACAAUCCUUCUAGAAAUAAUGAUUAUUUUAUAUAUAAUUUUUUUUGGGCUAUGACUCUGUGUCCAUACAGUUCCGUAAGCCCAACCCUUCAUCAUUCCGCUGUGAGUUAUAGCUGACAACAUUUCAGAAAUCCAUAGACAAGACCAGGACUUGUGUGGGUUUAUUUUCCCCGCUGCCAAAUACCGUUCAUGUUUUUUACUUUUAUUUUUCCCAACUCUCACAUGUCUGCGAGUGGCCGAAGGGAGGGAAGAGAGAAUUGUGUUGUAUAUACAUAUUCUAUUCACUGUUUUUAAAACCAAACCUCCUUGGGGUCUGCACGCUAAAAAUAUCCUCUCUCCAUCCUCGUCUGUAAAUAAGACCCUCUGUUCUCACGCUCUCUCUUUCCCUUCUCAUUCUGUAGGUCACUGUGUAAUUUAUUUGUCUGUUUUUGAAAUAUAUUUAUUUGCUGUAAAUAAGUAUUUUUAUAUUGAGAAAAAUAAAAUGGAAUUUAAA